AUGGCUGUCCUGCACCAGCUGCGCCCCUCCGAGGGUGGCCUGACUUUGCAAGGGCACGUGUAUUUGGACUGCGGGUGCAGGAGCCUCAUCGUUUCCUCCAGCCUCGUCCGCCAGGGUGAGCGGGGCUGGUGGGUGGGUGUGUUCCGCCACAACCGCAGGGCCAAGACCUGGAACACCACCGCUGUCUGCAUCUUUGGGAUGGAGGAGAUGAAGAAGCAAGCCUGUGAAUCCACACAUUUCAUCAUGAACGGGAAGAACUGUGAGGCACCAUCAAUCAAGAAAUUACCUACCUUGAUUCACUCUGGAUUAGUGGCUGUUUAUGGCACAGUAGUUUUGAAUCAGAUAGUUCUCUUUUUGGGAACAGAUGAUGGACAGUUACUGAAGGCUAUUCUUAAUGAGGAUAUGGAAUCUAAUUGCCCAGAGGUUUUAUACGAAAUUAAGGAAGAAACCUCCAUUUUUCCCAAACUUCGACUUGAUCCAGUAGAUAAUAACUACAUCUAUCUGUCCUCUGCCAAUAAGGUGAGAAGAAUACCAGUUGCAAAUUGUGGUAGAUAUGUUUCCGAGCAAGAAUGCUUAUCUGCAAAGGAUCCCUACUGUGGGUGGUGUUCUUUGAAUCAAAGGUGCACAUUAAAAGAAAAUUGUACACGUUCAAACAGCAUAAAGGGUUGGUAUAACAUUUCACAUGCACCUGAUAAAGAUCUGAGAAUCCUGCUAAGUUUCCCUGCCAAAAAUCAGGUUGCUGUGUCUGCAAGCAUAAGCAAAAUCCUUACCUCCUGUAUGAUAAAAAUUGUAAAACCUGUUGAAAUAUUUUAUGAAAAUGUAGUGCUGAAAAGCUCAUCCUGUUUCUGCAAUCUAACAGCUCCGGUGACAACUGAUAAUG